CCCGCAGUGCCUUAAACAGCCGUAGUCUUCCACACGUUUCCCAAAUAGCGCUUAAUUAACGUCAUGUACUUAAUAAAAUAUUCGCUGGUUGUCAGUUCAGAGAUAAUAGCAAAUAUCGAAGUUUUAUCAUUUUCGGUAAGCCCGCAAAUUGUGUUUGCUUAGUGCUCCAUAAUCCAAUUGUUCAUCAAACGCAAUCUUGCUAUCUCAAAAAGUUAUAAAUUUCGAGUACCUGCGUAACAAAUCGAGAGUGUUUAGGAAAAUGUUAACUCUAUAAAAUUUAUUCAUUACUCAUACGUGUGGUGCUGAACGGUCGUGUUGAUAAAGGCAUCCUGUUUAACACUGCGAAUAUAUAUUUAAGCUGAUGUGACAGAAAAUUGAAUAAAAAAUGAACGUGGUGUGGGUUCUGGUGCUUCUAGUGCCGAGUGUUUUCGCAAAAUUGACAAACAUCGAGACGCAAACUGGCCAAAACCACGAAACGAACGAAAUUGAAGAUGUUUUUGUGAAGCAAGAAACAACUUCAGGGCCUGAAAAUGAAGCUUCAACUACUGAAAUAUAUUCAACUACUACAGAGCCUACAUUUUUUUCAAAAACGGCUUGCGCUAACACUUCUGAGGUUAACAAUAUAAGCAUCAGCUCAACUACUUCCGAAAUAUCACUAAAAUGGGAACCCCCGGAAAACACGGACUGUUUCGACAAAUACAUUAUUUACCUCAAUAAUGAAAUUCACAAUGAAACGACUGAAACCGAGUAUACAAUAACAAAUUUACAAUCUUGUACUGAAUACACUGUCGGUAUUGCAACCUCUAAUAACAAUAUCCCGGGAAGUACACAGGAACAAAGUGUCACAACAGAAGCACACAUUCCUGUGGUUAAUUUUACACAAAUCAAUGCCUCAAGUUUUGAAGUGUUUCUACAAUGGGAUCCCCCCGAAAACACACAGUGUGUCGACAAAUACGUAAUUUACCUCGACAGUGAUUUUUACGAAACCACCGAAAGUAAUUACACUAUCGCUAAUUUAACAGCUUGUAAUGAAUACAAAGUUGCAAUUGCGGCUUCGAAGAAUGACAACGUGGGACAAUUUACAAACGAUAGUUUUAAGACAAUUGCUCCCAAUCCGUUCGGUUACGGAGUUGAGGACUUGAAAGUUGAGCAAGUCACCGAUUACGUUUUAAAUCUGACAUGGAAUGCACCAGAUGAAAAGGUCGUGCAAUGUGUAACCGCUUACGAUAUACUUUGGUGGCCUGCCGGCAGUACGGGCAAAACCAAAGAGAGUAAAACCAACGAAACGUAUUUAGAAUUAUCGCCAGUUGUUGGUUGUAUGAAAUAUGAAAUAAAUGUGAAGCCCUUAAUUGGAGAAACCCAACAAGGAAAUGUCCAAGCGGCGGAAUUUCAAGCUCAAGCCUAUCCAAACAAUCCUCCAAAUAUUGUCAUCGGCUCAUUAUCAAGCACCAAAACACAAAUAAGCCUAACUUGGGAAACCGACGAUAAAUCGAAGAAUAUGUGCAAUGUGAGUGCAAUUGUGGUAAAUUGUGUUGCACCAGAAGAUUCAAACAGAAAUAGUUCCUGGAUAAUCUGGGAGGCACAAAGUGUGAGAGAAGUGACCGAACAAACCGCCAAUAACCGAUACUCAAUGACAAUCGAGAAUUUGUCACCUUUUACGAACUAUUCAUGUUCGGGAGUUGUCACAAACACUGGCGGAAAUUCGUCUGAAACCCCGUUUGAAGCUACGACCGAUGAAGACGUUCCUUCCGCUCCACAGUCACUCACAAUUAAAGAUGUGGGGCCCCAAAAAUUCACAAUCGAAUGGACACAACCCGAACAAAUCCCCGGAAUUAUGACUUCGUAUGGUUUGAAAAUCAUUAGUGUCGGACCUCUUGACCGGAAUGUGAAUAAAGACUGUGCGAACAAUGCCACUGAUCACUUUUUUGACCUCGAUGCUGAAGAUACUAGUCUUGUUUUUGAGGAAGCUUUGCCGUAUUUUAAAUACAGUGUGUCUGUCUAUGGAGUCGAUGGGGCCGGAAAUGGGACAGAAGCGAAUGCAGACGCGAGCACAACAGCCACAAAGCCGGAUCAAGUUGAAAACGCGGAAACUUUACCACCGGAAUAUUCCCAAAACGAAACUUACUCCGGCUCUGUGAUCGUCAAAUUCGACCCUCCAUGCAACACAAACGGACCUUUCAAACAUUAUGAAAUAAAUUAUAUCGGACAGAGAGAAGGUUUCAGUCCUGAAAACCAAACACUUGAAACCACUGAAACAAACGCAACAAUUCCACUAAAACCUGAACGCGAAUAUUCGAUUGAAAUUAAAGUUGUGACUGAAAAUUUUACUUCAGGCCCGGUUUCAGUGCCGGCGUUUCAGUCGCAAGCUGGUGUACCUGUGGUUAACAAAAAUGUGGACUUGAAAGCACCAACUCCUGAAGAAGAAAAGGCACAAUUCGCGUUCAAAAAAGAAAAUUUUGAUAACAUAAACGGCGAGAUUAUUGCUUAUUGUUUGAUACUUUUGACGGAAUCACAAGAAGGGGGUUACGGUUUUUGGGACGGGACAAACGAAACAUGGCCUCCGGUACCCAAAAAUGGCACUCAAUUAACACCAAACUUCUGGAACCCUUUCAAAGACGGAGUGAGCUCGGCUAAUUUCACAAUUGGCGAUGGUGGUUGUGGUGCCAACUAUUGCAACAAAAUCCUAAAUGACGACACAAAAUAUUGGUUGAUUGUGCGAGCCCUAACAAGAGCGGGUUUUAAGGACAGUUCAUUAUUACCUUUUAAAACAGAUGUGAUGGAAGAAUUGAAUUUGCCCCUAAUUCUGGGCUUAACAUUCGGUCUCUUACUUUUAGUACUUUUGAUAAUUUUCUUGAUAAUUUUGUGGCGACGCAGUCGGAAAAGUCAGCCACCGGAAGAAAUAAAACGAGUUUCAACAACAAGCCCUGAACCCAUCCCCUGCCAAAAAUUCGUCACUUUUUACGCUAAUCUCAAAACGACUCCACACAUCCUCAAGCAACAAUUCACCGACUUGGACUUGCAAAGUAAAAAAGUGGCGGCGCAAAUUUCCUACGCCACUCUCGCCGAAAACCGGCGGAAAAACAGAUACACGAAUAUUCUGCCUUUCGACGAAACACGUGUUAAAUUAAAUAUAGACGAAGACGAUGAAAUUAGCUCGGAUUACAUCAACGCCUCGUACAUAAAGGGUUAUUCGGGUAAAAUGGAAUACAUCGCCACUCAGGGCCCCCUAGAAUCCACAACCCGCGAUUUCUGGAAAAUGGUCUUACAGGAAAACGUUUCAAUAAUCGUGAUGGUGUCACAAUUCGUCGAACAAAGUAAAGAGAAAUGUUACCAUUAUUUCCCCAGUAAUCACGAAAGCGUCAUGUUUGGGGAAUCACUGGAAGUUAAGUGUUGUACUGAACUGCAUUUCGGGACUUAUUGUAUGCGAACUUUGCAAGUGCGAAAGGGCACAGAGCAGCGACAUGUCAUUCACAUGCAAUUUCUGGAAUGGCCUGACUUUGGCGUUCCGUUAGGAACCGACAACAUGUUACAAUUUUGCCGACAGUUGCGGGAAAAAGCAAAUAGUGAAGGAGGUCUAAUUGUGGUGCAUUGCAGCGCUGGCGUUGGUAGGACUGGGACGUUGAUAGCUCUAGACAUACUUCUUCAGACCAUUGAUGAUCACAGAGACAUUAAUAUUUAUAAGACUGUUCUUGACCUAAGAAAACAAAGAGCAAACAUGGUACAAACCGAAAAACAAUACGUAUUCAUCCACACUUGUGUGAACGACUAUUUGGAAACACCCAUAAUUCAAUCAAACGACUCGUCACAAGAGCGAAUAUAUGAAAACAUGGACGUGUUGAAAUAUUCCCUGAAGAAAAAUCUAAUUGAGACUGAGGUCGAAAGCGCCUUAUAGCCAAUUUUAAUUCAAUUGUACUUAACUAUUUUAUAGGAAAGCUGUGAUCUGUAAAUAAAUAAUUUUUUAUA